UCAAGCCAGUCGAUCAGCCAAUCAGGCAUCACGCGAGUCGGACCCGGUGGAGUGCUCGAGUGCCCGUCUGGCAGUCGGUGCUCGACCAUCGAGCGAGUAACGUUUGUUCUCCGUUUUAACGAUCUCCGUUUGACGUUAUCGCGCUACGUUUUAUUCGGAACACAAUGACAGUGCCCCGGGAGCCAGCCUCGUGCACCUACGAUCAGACGAGAUCGACCUCCGCGAAUUAUAGUUAACUGUCAGUUCCGAGAAUCGUGAGCAGCGUGGUUUGUGUGUGAAUAGAAGAUGAGAGAGUUGCAUCCAGUGGAUUAAGCGCCGUUACAUCCGUUAGAAAACAACGACAUGGCGCCUCCAGACAGGCACAGAUCACCCAGGCCGGGAUCGGGACUCAGCCUCUCCGUGCUGGAUCUGGCGCAGAUCCGAGCACUCGUGGAGUCGACGGGGAUGCUGGGAGGCUCAACCUGUCCAUCCUGCGAGAUGCCGUUCGAUAAGGGGAAGAAACGUCGAGUAAUCGACUCGUGCGGCCACGAGCGUUGCUAUUCCUGUCUGUUCCGCAGCGAAGCAUGCCCGUUUUGCUUGCACGCCGACUUCAACGACGACGACGGCCUGGAGGGACCCUUCAGGGAGGGGUUCACCGACUCUUCAGGGCCCGUGUCCAUCCUCGCGCCCACGGACGGCUGGAUCGAUGAGUCAUCAACGGUGAACUCUCUCUGCGGCAGCCCCAGACCUCGUACGAAAGUCACCACGAGAGCCAAUCUUCCGUCACGAGUCAUGCACCAGCGAGAUGACAGUGUGUCCUCUUCGGGGCUGGCCAAGGGUCUGAAGAACAAACCACCGGCACUGCCCGAGUCCCAAGGCCGGCAGAAGCUUCAGAUGAUGACGCAAAGUUGUCCCACCCCGCCAAACCAGCGGAAGAGGUUCUUCCUGAACCCGAAAGUGCUCAGGAGCUCGUUCGUGCCCCAGAGGUCGUCCCGCCGAGCAUCCUCCCCCGAACCAGCCACCAACGACAACCCAUCAGCCCUGUCAGCUUGGAUGGCCUCGUCCUGGGAGGGCAGGUCAAGAUGGCCGGGUGUAGUGCUGGGGAAAAUCAAAUCGUUGUGGAGCAACAGCCAGGGGACCGCGAACGAUGGGUUGAACCAGCUCAUCCAGAGGAGCAAAGUCACAGAUGACGAAGGCGGCUGCGUGAAGCCUCUGUCCUCGAAGACCAGGAAGUCCUCGCAGUCGGACCUCUACAUGAGGCUGGGACUCCUUCUGGGCUCCAACACGAGGGCGAACAGCAGCGUGGACACCACGGACCUGCCAGGUGCCUCGAAUCGUGCGGGUCCGGUCCAAUCGAGGGUGCCCAUCCAAGGUCACGACAGCUCGGCGGCAUCCUUUAGCAGUUUGACCAGCUUCGAGACGCAGACCUUGGCCUCGACGAAUACGAGUCCUGUGUCCACGUUGACGGGGACGUCUAGCGAGGCCGAAGCGGCUGCGGCGCUGAGGUGCCCCAUCAAGCCCAAGGCGAAAGUCAAGGGCAAAAGCAAGUCGAGGGACUGCGACAGCGCUGGGAGCCUAGCUUCGAUAUCCACGUCGGUGUCCGCGUCCACGUCUAUGUCGAUGUCGAUGUCCGUCUCCGUUUCGGGACUGUCGAAUGGCAGCUCGAGCCCGUUAACUCCUAGAAGACAUUCCGUGAACGCCUCGCAACCUGGCCAGAGCGACGAGCUCGGCCAGUUUAAGAACAGACGGUCCUGCGCUAGGAGGUCGGCCAGGGCUGGCAACUUGAAGGGGACUGUUGACGCCAAGUUACGUUUCGUGCAACACCACGCGACCCAGUUAACCCUGAAGCCCCUGUUCUUCGAAGUACCUCUCCUCGAAACCGACCCCCUCUUCACCGGCCGCCAAUGGCUGCUGCAAGAGCUGGAGUCGGUGGUGAACGGUUCCAGUCCCGGAGUACUAGUCUCUGGAUCACCUGGAACCGGAAAGACUGCGCUGGUUCUGCAGCUGGUGGAACACAGCUGUUUCGGAAGAAGGCGGGAGCAGCCUCUGUCGUUGGAGAUCAGCGAGGAGACUGAAGAGAAAGAGAAGCCGACCUGCACCUCGGCGUUGCAGGCCAGCAUACGCUACACGAACGAGAAGGUUCGAGAAUUGGCGUCACAUGUGGUGGCGUAUCACUUCUGCCAGGCGGACAAUAAUAGUACUUGUCUGGUGCCGGACCUGAUACAUUCGUUAGCGGCGCAGCUUUGUCAGGCGCCUCAGCUGAUCUCUUAUAGGGAGUACUUGCUCUCUGAACCUCACAUUCAAGGCUCUCUGUCGCAGAGAGAGUGCACCGUUGACCCGGACCUCGCGCUUUCCAGAGGCAUCAUCGAACCUCUGUGCACCCUCAAGAAGAUGAGCAGACUGCCCGAUACUAACAUGGUAAUAUUAAUCGACGCCGUAUGCGAAGCCGAGUACCACAGACCAGACAGAGGCGACACCAUAGCGUCAUUUCUGACGAGGCACGCACCCAACUUCCCCAGCUGGUUGAAGAUCGUCUGCACAGUGAGGACGCAGCUCCUAGAGUGCGCCAAGCAGCUACCGUACACCAGAGUCUCGUUAGACAAGGCCUCGAACGACAGCACCGGAAGCAACGUCACCAGAGACCUGUCCGACUACAUAGGCUACAGGCUAGCUCAAAGUCCAGCCAUCCAGACGAACGUGACAGCGUCGGUGAACGGGAAGAACGAGUCUUCGUGUAGCGCGAAUCAAACGAGAUUCGCCUCGCAUCUGCUCGCACUAGCCAGAGGCAGCUUUCUCUUCGCGAAGCUGACGCUCGAUCUUAUCGAGAGUGGACACUUGGUGGCUAAAUCAGCCAGCUACAAGGUCCUGCCGGUUUCCCUGGCACAGAUCUUUCAACUGCACUUCAACCUGAGGUUCCCUACCACGACCUCAUUUGACAGGGUUCAACCUCUGCUGGGUGUCUGCCUGGCGGCCCUCUAUCCGCUCACUCUGCCGGAGAUCUUCUACUCCGUCAACUCCUUGAACACGGACCACUUCGUUUCGUGGGAGGAUUUUCUACAGAGAUUCAAAAUGCUCUCUGGAUUCCUCGUGAAACGACUGGACAACACGUACAUGUUCUUCCACCCGUCGUUCAGGGAGUGGUUGAUGAGGAGGGAUGAGGGAGAGUCGACCAAGUUCCUCUGCGAUCUGAGAUUAGGUCACGCGGCCAUCGCGUUCAGGCUGUCCCGCCUUCAGGCACCGUUAGACGGCGACAAGGCGCUGGAACUGGGUCACCACAUCCUGAAGGCGCACGUCUACAGAGGCGUAGCUCCAUGUUGGCCUUCUAGGGACCUGCAGGCGAUCUGGUUAGCCUCGUCGACGGAAUGCGUCUCGUCCGCGCUGUGCACGCUCCGGAACAUCUACAGCCCGAAUGUGAAGGUGUCGAGGUUGCUUUUGCUGGCAGGAGCAUCUCCGAAUCACAUCACCGAGUACCUGGGCAACGCCCCGGCCCUUUGUAUGUACGCCCACGAGGGUUCCGUGGAGAUGGUGUCGUUGCUGUUAGAGUUUGGUGCCGAUGUGGAGCUGACAAACAGCCAAGGCUGCACGGCCCUCUCGUUGGCGGCCUCGCGUGGUCACUGUGACGUCGUCAGAAGGUUGGCGGCAGCUGGAGCAUCCUUGGGUCACACAGACAUGGCUGGGCAGUGUCCCCUGGUCCACGCAGCGAGGCACGGUAGACUGUCAGUGGUUGGUUACCUACUAGCCUGCGAUUGGGUAGUUCCACCCAGCGAAGCCGAAGCAGAAGGAUCUCAAGAGAUAGGCAGAGAGGAGGCUGCCCAGCAGGCUGUCGUCGCUGCCGCAGCCCAGGGACACGAGUCCGUAGUAGAGUACCUGUUAGACAUGGCCGAAGUGAUCGUGGACCGUCCCGACACCCUGAUAGGCGAGACUGCCCUAACCAUCGCCGCCGCAAACGGUUCGACAGCCACGGUCUCAGCUUUAUUAGCUCGAGGAGCUAGUCCAACCGCAGUGAACGCCAAAGGCCUGUCCGCCUUAAUGCUGGCUGCCAGGGAAGGUCACUGGGGUACUGCCGAAAGACUUCUUCAAGGUACCCUGUCCACAAGUACCGACAGUCUUCUGGACGAUGCAGUGUCCCUGCUGGACCAACGUGACCCUGCAGGUCGCACCUCGCUGAUGUUAGCCGCCUCUGAAGGUCACACAAACCUCAUUGAACUCUUCCUCGACAAGGGGUCGCCAUUGGAGAGCAGGGACAAAGAAGGAUUGACCGCUUUGUGCUGGGCCUGUGUUCGGGGCAGGCUGGCUGCUGUGCAGAACCUCAUCGAUCAUGGGGCCGAUGUUAACACCAACGACAAUACUGGCAGGACUCCGUUGGAUUUAGCUGCGUUCCAGGGCAAUCCAAAGCUCGUCCAGCUGUUGUUGGAGAAAGGAGCAGCGGUGGAGCACGUGGACCUCCACGGAAUGCGUCCUCUGGACCGAGCGAUCGGCUGCCGGAACAUCCUAGUAGUUCAAUGUUUCCUGCGUCGUGGCGCAAAGUUAGGUCCAGCCACAUGGGCAAUGGCGGCCGGCAAGCCCGACGUUCUUCUGAUCCUACUGAACAAGCUUCUAGAGGACGGUAACGUGCUGUACCGGAAAAAUAGACUGAAGGAGGCGUCGCAUAGAUACGCUUACGCUCUUAGGAAGUUCCCGACGUCCCCCGAAGAGGACUGCCAGGGUCAGGAGCAGGGUCACAUGAUGUUGCAGCUGCAGACGUUCGCGCAACUUCGGCUGAAUUUCUUGCUCAAUCUCAGUCGAUGCAAGCGCAAGAUGAACGAAUGUGCGGAAGCAAUCGAGCUCGCUGACGAGGCUCUCAAAGUUCGCUCCGUGUCCUACGAAGCGUUCUACGCGAGGGCAAAGGCGCGCGUCGACUCAGGAUUGCUGGAGGACGCAUUGUCCGACGUGCAGGAAGCGUUGCAAAUGGCGCCGUCGCAGAACCGACAGGACCGCCGCGUUCUCCUCGCUUUGAGGGAGGAGAUAAUCUCCCGAUUGGACGGAGCGGGCACCAGCAAGGGCUCCGAACCCUGCAGAUCCCGACUCCGAGCGUCCGUCGACACCCUCACGGAGCUGUAACGUCCUUCACGGCGGGAAAUUCAAAUUAGUCCCCGUUUUACGUGGGAGUCCUUCGAACUUGUCGAACGAUUUCUCGAGAAAUCUUAUUUAACGAUUCGUACGUUGUAUGUACCCGAAGAAAUAUUCCUCCCGCAAGGGCUUAAUACUGUUUUCUCUGUGCAAUUACACGGUUUUUUUGUACGUUUCGAUUCCGAAUCGAAUACAGAGUAUAUAUAUAUUAUAAAUAUUUGUAUUAUAUUACGCGUAUGAAAAUUGGUUUCUAGUGUCAUUGUAAUUUAAUGAAAGUUAUUUAAUUGUUGCUCUCCUUGUAUCUCAGUAUUUCUCGUUUAAAAGAAGAGAAGUUCGGUGCGAAAGCCGAUGUAUUUAAUUAUAAUGCACUCGCUUGCCAAGCAUAUUUAGUACACCUGUAAUCUCGGACCUAUUUCCAAUCCGCAUGG